AAUAAUUUGUUUUUCAAUUAAUAUUAUAUUGGAUUAAGUACUAAAGCAAAGAAAUUGUAAAUCCUCCAGUGCACGUAUGCCUUGCUUAAUCGCUGCUUGAUGCCUAUAAAAUCACCCAAGUCUAUAAUUGGAGGCAAUCUCUUCUCUCUCUCAACUGAAAAUCUCUAAAGCUAGAUGAUCUGAAGACAUCCUAUAUAUCUGCAUAUAUCCCAGCAAUUAAGAAGCCCGCCACAUCGCAUAACCAAAUGUGGCCUGAACCAGAAAUGACAACGGCAGCGUCUCCAAACAUAAUUCACCUCUCUCCACCGUUACCUCUCACUGCAAAAUCAUGCGAUCCCCACGCCCAUGGCUGUAGAUGGUGGCCUUACUCCAGUUCUAAUGAUUUUGGAGCCAACACAGCCGUGAUCCUCAUCAUCCUGCUCUGUGCAUUGAUAUGCGCUUUAGCUCUCAACACUGCCAUCCGCUGCUUCCUACGCGGUGCUCAUCGCCCAGCAGACCGCCUUCCCCAAAACCGACAAGAAAUAGAUGGUCAGCAGCGGAAACCAAACAAUGAAGCAGGCGCUGCGCCCCUGGUGGUGGCCCCAAUCUCGGUGUAUUUAACAGGGAUGAGAUUGGGUGGGGCAGAGGCCGAAUGCGCCAUUUGCUUGUCGGAGUUCGUGGAGGGGGAAGGCAUUCGAGUUUUGGGAAGCUGUAAGCAUGGGUUCCAUGUCCACUGCAUCGAGCAAUGGUUGUCUCGCCAUUACUCUUGUCCCACUUGUCGUCGCAGUUGUCUUUCCCAAGAAACUCCUGACUGUUGCCCACGAAAUGACCUGGGCAACACAUCCGGGCAGCCGGUUCCGGAACAGUUAAUGAGUAUACCUUAAACGUGCACAUGUGUAAAUGUAAGAAGUAUUUUUUGUCUCUGUUUUAAAUUUAUUUUUGCUCAAGUUUUUUUCCAUUCAUCAUAUCUAUAGCAUUUGACAAAUGCCACAGCCUCUGGAAAAAUGUCCAAUUCUGGGAGCUACUCAUUCUCGGAAACUAAGAAAUUAUAUGAAUUACAGAUUAGGAUUAUUGGCAUGAGGCAUAAAAUCCUGUACACCAAUCCUUCUACAAGAAAUAUUAAAUCUUAUUGGUCUUUCCGGAUAAGAUAUGUAUAAUUCAUUGCCAUGCCAGUUUGGGCAGAGUACCAUUUGGUAGUUGGCAAAAUUCAUCCCAGUGACAAGAAAAGAUAGGACCUUUUUGGUGUUUCGGAAUAAA